AUGAUUGAAUCAUAUGCAAACCAGGCUUCCCGGAGCUGCAGCGCUGCACCCCAGGGACCCCGCGUCCUCGCCGAGGCAUGGUCUGCAGAGCUGAGGGAGCAACAGCACCCAACCUCGGGGAUGGCUGUGAACGAGACAGAUGGCUGUUUGAUGAUGAACAGAGACUUAGAAAAGUAUUAUCUUUCCACCAUGUACAGCCUUGAGUUCAUUUUAGGCUUCAUCGGAAACACCAUUGUUGUCUUCGGCUAUGUCUUCUGCCUGAAAAACUGGAAAAGCGGCAACAUCUACCUGUUCAAUUUAUCAUUAUCAGAUCUAUUAUUUCUCUGUACUCUUCCAAUACUUGUGAACAGCUACUCCAGCGAUCGAUGGACAGCAGAGAGCAUCUUGUGCCACAGCAACAGAUUCUUGUUGCAUGCAAACCUGUACAGCAGCAUCCUUUUCCUCACUGUUAUCAGUAUUGACCGAUACAUGCUCAUAAAAUAUCCUUUCAGAGAACAUUUUCUGCAAAGAAGGAAGACGGCCCUUAUCGUGUCUGUUGCCGUAUGGCUCGGAGUGAUACUAGAACUGCUGCCGCUGGUGUAUUUCCUGGAGCCUAUAACGCCUGAAAAUAAUUACAAGUGUCUUGAUUAUGCAAGCUCUGGAGACCCCACGAAAAGCCUCAUCUAUAGCAUGUUCCUGACUGUCUUUGGGUUCCUCAUCCCUCUCGUGAUCAUGUGCUGCUUCUAUGUGAAGAUGGUUCUUUUCCUUAAAAACAGGAGUGAGCAGCUCAGUUCCCCCCUGACGCUUGAGAAGCCCCUUACUGUAGUCGUCCUCACGGUGGUCAUCUUCUCGUUGCUCUUUACUCCCUAUCACAUAAUGCGCAAUGUCCGACUUGCUUCCCGAAUACCAGCCUUGAACGUCUCGCUGUGCACGCAGGGCAUCAUCAACACCGUUUACAUUGUCACGAGACCCAUUGCGUUUUUUAAUAGUGCCAUUAAUCCCGUUUUUUAUUUCUUAAUGGGUGACCACUUCAGAGAGAUGCUGAUGGCAAAAAUAAGGCAGCUCUUGAGCAGGUUAGCAACCCCUGGCAAAUGAACGAACAAGGAGACCUCUUGUAGUGGAAGACGGGGGGAGGAAACUCUCUUAGAGAGAGCGUUCACCCACGUACAGUGCCACUUUUCUUUAGAUAACUUUAUUUAUGCUAUAUAGAAUAUGCCUGAGGUGACUGUGUUCCUCUAAAUGCACUUGUUACCCUGUUGUGCAGGAGAGCUCCUCCUGCUAACCAGAUUCCAGCAAACCAGAAGUGAUGGUGUUCUCUCACAACAGCACAGCAGGAAGCCCUGCUCUCCUAGCAGGACACGCUAUGGCCUAUUAAUAUUGUAAAUGAAAGAUCAUCAUUGUAGUUUUUUGAGGGAAAAUUUGCUGAUCUCAGGUAGCUUCUUUGUGAACCAUAAUUUGGUGGUGGACUGGACCUCAGCUUGGAUAAAAUAUGCCGGGGCACUAAUUCACGUGUUCAACACAGCCCAAAGAUCAAGGUGGAAUCAUCUUUUUAUAAGUGUUUGCAAACUCUGCAUCUCCUGGGAGAUUUACCUUUCGGAAUGAAUAACUGGGCCAAUUUACAUUUCCACCUGAUUUGGUGAAGGCUGGCCUCUUGGAUGCGGCAAAAAAAGGGAGGUAUGCAAAGGGCUGGGCGGAAGGCUGCGUUGGCACUGCAGAGCGGGGGCGGUGGCUGGGUUUGCUGGCAACGAGGGUGAGGAGUGCAGAAAGCUGGAGCGUUGGCUGCUGGUCUUACAAGCAUUUCACAGAUGCACUGGGACAGUGAAGAUGUGUGUCUGUGCAGGCACACUCUUUCACUCUUCAGCUUGCAGAAGUGAAAAUAAGAAAAAUCUAUUGUUUUAGUUUUUAACUGAGAUUUGCCUCCGUACAUCACUGGCACAGCUAUGCAAGUUCAUACUGGCAUUUUCACAGUCACUUUUCAAAGUAUAGAUUCACUUAACUUUAAUGUAAUUAUCAAUAAGUGCGAGCAGAACGUAUGGCUUGAAGCAGAAUUUGGACUUCCCAGUUCAAACUUCAUUAUUGGAACAAUUAAUGAAACAGGAGCUGAUGAGGAGCCAGUUCUCUGCCUACCGUCCCUGCAGAACUGUUGCUGCAGCAGAACUUGCUCUCCCGCGGACUGACCUGACUCCAAACACAAAAGCUGAAGAGCUCCGUGAAGCAAGAGGCUCGGGUGAGCCGGGGCUGGGGAAGGACCUGCCGGGAGAGGGGAGUGCCCGAGCGCGCAGGGCAGAGCCUGGGCGGGCUGCAGGCUUAACUGUUCCACUGAUACCACCACCUGCUUGUAAUAAACUGUGCACCCUGUUUGGG